UCAUGCUGCUGCCAGGUCCAGAGUCUCUCAUGGGUCCCUGUACGGCCUCCCAUUGCUGCUGUCUCCAUCGCCACACUCUGCCAUGUGCCACUUUCAGGUCUCCUCACACUGCUGCUGUGUGUUCAAUUUUUUGACAUAGGGUGCUGGCAGAUUACGGGCCUCCCAUAGCUGCUGCCAGGCCCCUAAUCUGCCAUGGGCCCCUAUACCGCCUCCUCAUGCUGCUGCCAGGUCCAGAGUCUGUCAUGGGUCCCUGUACGGCCUCCCAUUGCUGCUGUCUCCAUCGCCACACUCUGCCAUGUGCCACUUUCAGGUCUCCUCACACUGCUGGUGUGUUCCAUUUUUUGU